UGUCAUUCCUCCCAAGGGACUACGUGGGAUUAGAAUUUUACACGCAGCGCAACCACAACUCGGUUGAAGAGCAGUAGAGUCAGCAUGAUGCUGGGUGCCAAAGACGGCCAGAAGCUGGACCUGUCCAGGCUUUCAGACGAGGAGGCCAAGCACGUGUGGGAGGUCAUCCAGAGGGACUUCGAUCUGCGGAAGAAGGAGGAGGACAGACUAGGGGAGCUGAAAACCAAGAUUGAAAAGGAGGAUGCCAAGCGUGAGCUGCUAGGCGUGGAGACCAACCUGACCGAAUCCCACUGCAUCCGCUGCCUGCACCCCUUCAAGUUCCUGGUGAACAGCAAGCGGCAGUGCCUGGACUGCCAGCUGUUCGCCUGCAAGGCCUGCUGCCGUUACAGCAAGAAGGAGCACGGCUGGGUGUGCGACUCCUGCUGCACGGCCAGGAUAUUGAAAAUCGGGACGUUGGACUGGUACCACGAGAACGUGCGUGCCCGUUUCAAGCGCUUCGGGAGUGCCAAGGUGAUGCGGUCCCUGUACAAGAGGCUGAACGGGAUGCACGGCUCGCAGCCAGACCUCAGAGGUGCCCGUGAUGAAGACACGCACAGCAUGCCCGAGGUCCGCGGUGUUUACGAUGGCCAUCCCGAGGACUACAUUGACGCUUCGGACGCACAUAGAUACAGGCUGAUGCGAAAGACCAAGCGUCUGCUUUCCGUUCACCCCCUCGAUUUCGAUAUGGACAAUGAGUACGCCACUGUCUCUCGCCGCCAGUCCCUUCAGUACCCGGGGAGCCUGGAGAGCAUGACGCGGCGGCGGUCCAUGAUGGCGGAGGCCGACGUGGCGUCCGUGUUCCAGCAGAUCCUGGAGGAGCAGGCCUCUCACGAGCACUUCAACAGGCCGGAGGUGCACCUGCACGUGCACCGCCGCAAGAGCAUGGACAGAGCCUCGCGCUCCGACGAAGGGCAGUUCGGCGAGCACAGGAUGAUGCGCACGCGCUCCCUGUCCAAGAUGGCCCCCCCCAACGGCCCCCAGCGGCACUACUUCCAGGACAUGGACUCCUCCGAGGAAGAGGAGGGCCAGCGGGCCCCGAUGUACCAGCUGCCCGCCCGGCGCCGGAGCCGUGCCUCCUCCCAGGAGAGCGUCCAGCAGCCCCCGCCCCAGAUCAAUGACUUGAACAAGCGCAUGUCUGCCAUUGAAAGCCUGCUUAAUCGUCUGGAAGAGAAAAUGACCGUACCGCCAGAGCAGCCCGCCUGUAUGUCCGAGGCCGAGCAGGAGGAGAGGAAGCUGCGGAAGAAGCUGAACGAGCUGACGGGCAACAUCAGCGACAAGGGCCUCUCCUCGGAGGACGAGGACACCAAGAAAGCCCCGGGGCCCAGGGGGACCCCAGGGAGGAGUGCUACCCGGGGGAAUGCGCCCCCCGCCGGGCCCCCUCUCCAGCCGGCCACGCUCAGCUCCUCCAGCGACGAGCUUCCCUCUGAAGUGCGUAAGGUCUACCCGACAGCAGGCAAGCCCCUCACCCUGGACAAGAAGCAGAGGGCUCUGAGCGAGGCCACACAGAGCCACUACAGCGGCACCACGGACUCAGAGCUGUCCGAGCUGGAGGACAAGGUGGCUUGGGCUGCCGCCAAGGUCCACAACACAGAGAGCGAGAUGUCAGACAUAGAGAACAGGAUUGCUGCUCUCAGUGCUGCUGGGAUGUCAGUAGAGAAGUCCAAGAAGAGGCCAUCAGGAACUCACCAAAGAAAAAAGGCACCUGACGUCCCUUUGAGACAAGCCGACCUGUUCUUGCGAAAUUCCAUCUACCGAGGUUCUCUGACCCAAAGGAACCCGGUGGCCAAAGACAAGCCUAAAGCAAGCAACGCGAAACCGGUUUUGGCUCAAGCUUUAUAAGGAAGCUGUCAUUGAUGUGAGUGGCCUUUGCUCUCCAGCAAGAAUACAAAUCCCACAAUGCCUUGGAGCAGCCUGCAAGCACUCGACCUGCAGGUCACAUGACCUGCUUUUCCCAAUGAGAAGCUCUGGGUGUUCAUUGCCAUCUGAUGUAUUAUAGCAGGGGUGCCCAAUCAUGUGCCAUAGAAAGCUGAGAGUACACCAGCUGAUUUCACUAAUUAACACACCAUCAACCAGAGAGGAGGGAACUAAUUAGUGAAAUCAGAUGGUGUACUGAUUGGUUGGAAUGAAAACAGCCAUACAUCUCGGCCCUCCGUGACACAUGAUUGGACACCCCUGUAUUAUAGUCUGUGGUGUCAGCGAUUCUAUGUCUAGACCUAAAAUUAUGUAUCUAUUAUUUUAUGUGUCAUUGCACAUUCAGCCAGGUAAGCCAAAUGAGGAUAUUCAAGGUAUUGUAGUCCAAUAGAUGCUGCACGGUCCAAUGAUACCUAAAAUACCUGAUUUGCCAUCCCGUUACCUUGGUCACCUACUGUAUAUCCCUCAAUACCAUAUAAGUGAAGAUGUGUAUGUAACAUUAAUCCAGGAAAAAUUUAAUUCAGGUUUUACUGUCCUAAUACAUAUUACAUACAUGUUAGAUCAUUAUCUCCAGCUAUAUGUAUAUGGUAUAUGUUUGUACUGCUAAGCCUCUUAUAUAUAUUCAAACAUUUUCCUGUAAAAACUAUAAAUAAAUCAAUCAGUCUUGCAAAUAUAACCCUUUUCCAAAAGAAAGAUGAUCUUUUCACCUUCGAACUGAUCUGAACAAUAUGUCCAUAAAUACAUGCUGUGUGUAUGUGAUAACUUGGCUUUAGUGGGCCAUUCAUACCAUUGGCUAGGACAAGCUAUACUUAUAGGAAUGGCAUUUUUCAUUAGAACUAAAAGCAGCACACAAAGAAGACGCCUUGGAACUGUGUUUGGGUAGCCCUGCCAUAUAUUACGCCUCUCCCAAAUGUCUGUCCCCACUUGUGUUGAAGUUGCAGCAAUAAUAAUAAACAUAAGCUUGCUAGCAUUGUGUUCCGCUUCUUUGAAAUGUUUGCAACGUCAGUGUUAGGUUUUCAUAUCCUAAAGUGGUUUUGUUUUUAAUUGGAUCAUGAAGACAUUUAAUUAGAUAUAGUGCAUGGUUAGGUUCAAAUCGUUUACACGUCAUUUGCUUGCUGCUUGCUGCUUACUCACAAAAACACUCGAACACACGACAGCAUUCACUCCCAACAAAUUGUUAUUCUGCACAAAAGGACCCCAUGGUAUGCAGUCACCCUGUCCUUUGGCCAUUAGGAAAUUUGCCCACUUAAAAGUAAGUAAGGUUCACAUUUGUUCAUGAAAAGUUUUAGGUUUCUGAUUUGUUUUCGUGAUAUAACUGCCAUUCAAACUGUGGUGAGGAGUAGGUUUGUGUUGUGCAUGAGCGAAUUUCUCAGUGCAUUUUCUAUGGUAAAUCUGGAUUAAAGAACAUGCUAAAAUGAGACACGUUUUUGACUUGAAUAAUCUGGGUCAUAUUUUCUUGUAUUAUUCUCACUAGUUUGUGCAGACUAAUCUGCUUCUAAUUCAGGAUGACAUUGACACUGUAGUAUAAAUAUUUAUAUUUCGAUUAUGCCUGAAGAGCUUGUGACUCAUCAAAAUCUUUGAAGUUUGAUUUUUCCCUUGCACUUGGAAAAAUUGGUUGUUCCAGAUUUCCUAACCUUCAAAUUAAUUGCAAUAAAUAGCAUGACGUUACAGUGACUAGCCAUACUUUAAUUUAUAAGAGAGUAACUUAAAUCUCCUCCCCACACACGACUCCGCUGACUUUGUAUAUUCCUGUCCCGGGCCUGCCUUUAAUAA